AUGUCUUCUGCAGACUCUGUUGAUCACAUUUCCAAAUGGGAGGAACGUGUAUGCUUAAACAGUGGAAGAAAGUUUUACAAACCUAAAGUCAGUGGAUCCAUUAGACCUUCUGUUGGAAUGUUUUUUAAAUCAUUUGAUGAGGCUUUUGCGUUUUAUCAGAGAUAUGCACUUACUGCAGAAUUUCAUGUUAGCAAAGAAAUAGAUUCUGGUUCAGUUGAUGAGAAUAGUAAAAAGAUUGUUAGACGUAAUAGAGGUUCAAAAAAAGUUGGAUGCAAUGCUCAUGUGAAAUUGAUAUUAGAGAACAAUAAUAUGUUUAAAAUAUACUACUUUGAAGAAGAACAUAAUUAUAUCUUUGUUGAAGAUGAAGAUAUUCAUUUCUUGCCUGCUGCCAGAAGUAUUGAUUAUGUUAAAGAAAGUUUUAUAUCUGGAUUGUCUGCAAUCAAUAUUGGAUUUGUUAAAGCAUUCAAUAUUAUAAAAACAAUGUAUGGUGGUUUUUGUGAAGUUGGUGCUAGUAAAGUUGAUUGUAAGAACUAUAGAAGGGAUUUGAAUCUUUACAUAGGAGAGUAUGAUGCAGAAAUGGUAGUUAGGCGUCUUAUUAGGAAGAAAGAAUGUUCUCCUGGUUUCACAUAUGAUUAUGUUAUUGGUGAUGAUAGAAGAUUGAAAGGACUUUUCUGGGCUGAUGAGCAAUCAAAAACAAAUUAUACAGUAUUUGGUGACAUAGUCAGUUUUGAUGCUACUUAUAGAUCAAACAAAUAUGAUUUGGUUUUUGUACCAUUUACUGGGAUUGAUAAUCAUUUUAGGAAUGUCACAUUCGGUGGUGCAUUACUUGGUUCUGAGACUGCAGAUUUUUAUCGAUGGCUUUUAAGGUGCUUUGUUAAUGCUUUUGGAAAUGAUCCUAAAGUUCUUGUUACUGAUCAAGAUGCUGCAAUGAAGAGAGCUAUUAAGGUUGUUCUUUCAAGAAGUAGACAUAGGUUAUGUAUGUGGCAUAUAUGGGAGAAAUUGAAGACAAAGGUUGGUCUUGUUUUGUCAUCCAAUAUUGACUUUAAUACAAGAAUGACUCGUGUUGUUUGGAAUGAUACUAUUAUUCCAGAAGAUUUUGAAACUGAGUGGCAUUCAAUAAUGUCUACUUUUGGAUUGGAAAAUCAUGAAUGGUUAAAAGAUAUGUACGAUCUUCGAUUUGAUUGGAUACCCUCUUAUUACCAUGGAGAGAAUUUGGCUGGUCUUAUGCGUACUACGUCUAGAUGUGAAAGCGAGAAUUACUUCUUUGAUCAGUUUUGUAAUCCAAGAUGUACACUUGUUGAAUUUUUCACUCAUUUUUAG